ACUGGAGUCCUACAGGAAGAAACUGCCAUGCUUCUCCUCCCUCUCUCCGUGCUGAUCGUGCUCACACAGUCCCCGGGGGCGCUGGGAGCAGAAGUGAAGAACUAUUCCCCGAGAUCCGUGACCAACGCCUGCACUCUGGUCAUGUGUAGCUCCUCGGAGACUGGCCUGCCGGGUCGCGAUGGACGGGACGGGAGAGAGGGCCCCCGGGGCGAGAAGGGGGAUCCAGGUUUGCCAGGACCUAUAGGGCAAGCGGGGAUGCCGGGAGCAGCUGGCCCAGUUGGAGCCAAAGGAGACAAUGGCUCUGCUGGAGAACCUGGACCAAAGGGAGACUCUGGACCACGUGGACCUCCAGGACCUCCAGGUAUACCUGGUCCAGCUGGAAGAGAGGGCCCUUCAGGGAGGCAGGGGAAUGCAGGAGCACAAGGCAAACCAGGCCUAAAAGGAGAAGCUGGGCCCAAAGGAGAAGUGGGUGCCCCGGGCAUGCAAGGAUCUGCAGGGGCAAGAGGCCCCACGGGUCUUAAAGGAGACAGAGGUGCCCCUGGUGAGCGUGGAACCCCUGGAAAUGCUGGGGCAGCAGGACCACCUGGAGUUAUGGGUCCACAGGGGUCGGCAGGUGCCAGGGGCCCCCCAGGACUGAAGGGGGACCGAGGUGCCCCUGGUGACAAAGGAGCAAAAGGAGAGAAUGGACUUCCAGACAUCACUGCUCUGAGGCAGCAGGUGGAAGGCUUACAGCGACAGGUAAAACAACUCCAGGAGGUCUCCUCUCAGAUUGAGAAAGUGGGGCUCUUCCCCAAUGGCCGAAGUGUGGGCAAGAAGAUCUUCAAGACAGCAGGUUUUGAAAAAAAUUUUGAGGAGGCACAGCAGGUGUGCACACAGGCGGGGGGACAGAUGGCUACCCCUCGCUCAGCUGCUGAGAACGAGGCCUUGCAGCAGCUGCUCACCGCUGAGAAUAAGGCUGCUUUCCUGAGCAUGACUGACAUCCAGACGGAGGGCAAGUUCACCUACCCCAAGGGGGAGCCCCUGGUCUACUCCAACUGGGUCCCAGGGGAGCCCAACAACAAUGGCAAGGCGGAGAACUGUGUGGAGAUCUUGACCAAUGGCAAGUGGAAUGACAAGUCCUGCCAAGAGCAGCGCCUCGUGGUCUGCGAGUUCUGA